GCCUCGUGUCCUCGACGGCAUCAGCUGCUACCGCGGUGGAAGUCGAUUUGUUUUUAAUAGCAAUUUAACGGAAUUUCCGUCCGGACGGUGUGAGUGGUAUGACGGACGGCGAGACUAAUAAAUUCUAAUUUCCAGUCCGCGCGCUGCUGCAACAAACCAGUCUGUAUUAUAAAUUAUAAUUGUUGUUGUUAUUACGCCGUCGUUUCAUUCAAUACUAUUAUCACAUGGCGACGACAACCGGCACGGCGGCACUGGAACGAGUUUCGUCCACGAUUAUUUGAAUACAAGAUUAAAUACUAUCAUUUAUCAUUAUUUUACCAAUAUUAUUAUCGUCUACGGUGUUGAUAUUUUAUUUUCGGUUUUUGUGUUGUUUGAGUUUGUUUUUAAUUUUUUAUUUAAAUCUCCUACCUGCCACGAGAUGAAUGUAACGUGAAAUUACGAACACCCCGCCGACCAGUCACAAUGGCCAAGUUUGUAGUUGAAUUUUCUCCUCCGGAAAAAAUUAAAUCAGAGCCAUACGAUGUUACAGAUUCAAUUGUAAACUAUCGUAUGGUAUUAGCACCAUUUCAAAAACAAACUCAAGUAGAAUUCAACAACAUUAAACUUAAAGAAAUUGCAGUGAGAUUUUUGACAGUUGUCAAUCCUCUUGACAGACAUGGACAGUUUGUUUUACCUCCUCCAAGUGACGGUGUUUAUUUUGAUGUUUAUGAAUUCACAUUAGAACCCAAUUCUGAAUGUGAGUUAUCAAUAACUUGGCAGCCAUCUCGACAUGGAAAUAUGCGUAAAUUAAUUAGAAUAGAACAAGUCGAUAAUAAUAAAAAAUAUGAUUUUGUUAUUUUGGGGAAUUGCAAUAGUCCUCCACACAAAAAUUUAAAAAGUAAUACCUCAAAAUCAAAAAUUUCAAAUUUGACUAAAAAGCAAUUAAAAUGUGGACUAGAAAAAGUACUGCCGAAUAAGACAAAACAUAUUAGUUCUAAGAGUGAAAGAAUUAUUCUCGUAAAAAACCACCCCCCAAAUAUACCAGAACCCAUUAGUGAAGAAACACAGCCUAUCAGACGACAAACAUAUUUAGUUGGAGAAAAAGAGAAUCUUCCAAUUUCAAAAAAGAUUUCAUUAGGUAGAGAUACAAUACUUAAAAGUCCUGAACGCAGUAUUAAACGUCCAGAUCAGAGACGUCAAGAUCACGUAUUUAAUAAACAUUUUAACUUUAAAAAUCUGAACAAUAGUUCUAGCUCAAUGAGUGAUGAUUCACUUGAGAAACCAUUAAACAAAAUUAUUAUGAACAUUUCUCAAUUAAAUGAUUUAUGUUUAACACCAUUAAAAAGUACUGAAAACUUACUUUCUCCAUUUAGUGUCAAGAAACAAUUUAAUAAUUUUGAUAGCCGAAUGAGUUUUGAUGUCACUGAUGGACUAUUAGAUUCUAGUUUAUCAAAUUCCUCUAUAUUUAUACCACAAGAUGAAUUAGCCACAGCUUUGACUUAUACACCGGAAAAUCAAAAGCCAACUAAAGUGUGUAUGAAUCUCUGGAAUAAAUUCAUAAAAUCACCCGAAGAUGAAUUAACUAAUGGUGGUACAAAUGAUGGAUUACAUACUAUCAACUCACAACCUUUUGUAUCUUCUUCAGAAGUUGAAUCAAUCGACUUUGAGCAAAAAUGCAAAUGGUCACCUACACAUACUAUUCAUCAACCUACAAUGAUUACUUGGAGUGGUACAAAACCAAAAAGACCGUCAUUUUCUAUUAAGCACUCUCCUUAUUACAAAUGUAGUCCAAAAACAUCAAUGACGUCUAAGAACAAAGUGAAACAAUGCAGUACAAAUCCACGAACAACACGUUUGAAAACUCCUAAACUAGAUAAGUAUGAUGAAUAUCUUAAGUGCUUAGCGAAUCCACAACUCGUAUAUCACAAUAAUGCUGAAGACCCAUUUUUAAAAAUGUCUGAAUACUAUGAAACAGAAUGGCUAGACCGCCAAGAAUCUGAUAUGAUUCGUUGGUUAAAUGCAAUGCUCACACCGACUGAAAAGCUGGUAGAUGAAGAACAAUCUAGUGACUUAGAGCAAGCAGCUAUGGCUUGGGUAGAAGCAUCCAAGACAUGUCAUAAAAAUAAACCUAUGCAAUUUGCCACCCAAAAGGAUCUGUUUGUAGCACAAAUGUACCGGCAGUCACCACAACAAUGGAGUGCGUUGCGCAAAGCCACGAUAAAUCUCAUUACAUCUUCAAAUGUAACAUCUGUCUUAUCAAAAUUAACUGUAUCAAUCGAGAAAGAUCUCAUUACUUUAAGAGAUGAUCGUCAAAUACAUUUAGACUUAAGUUUAAAGAAAAAAAUUAUUGAUCUGCUAAAAUGUUACAAUCCGCUAUGGUUUAGAAUUGGCUUGGAAGCUAUAUAUGGUCAAAUUGUUCAUGUAAAACCUGGAUCUAAUGAUUUAGAUGGCAUUGGCUGGUUUGUUCGUAAAAAUCUGUUUAAUAGUGAUUAUGUCAAACAGAAAUUUACCAAAACUACUGUACUACAAGUGAACCUGCCUUCAUAUAAUGCUGCCAUGAAAAAGUUUAUUUUGAGAAAAAUAUUUAUGCUCAUAUAUUUUUUGGAUCGCGCUAAAGAACAACAAUUGAUCAGACAUAAUCCGUGCUUAUUCAAAACGGACUCACCAUAUAAAAGUAGCUACGACUUAAUGAUGGGAUUUUGUGCUGACAUGGUGACUGCACAUGGAGACAUAGUUCGUCGGCUGCGAAGUAUUGGUUAUAACUUGACACAUAAACAAACACAUUUGGAUGAAGUGAAUUACGCAGUUAAGUCUCUAAAUGACCUAAGGGAUGGCACCAGAAUUACCAGAGUUGUAGAAAUUUUAUUUAAAGGCAAUCCAUUGUCACAAAAACUAAGACUUCCGGCUAUAUCAAAGUUACAGAAAAUCCACAAUGUUAAUUUAGCUUUCACACGAAUAUCUGAACAUAUAUCCGUUGAGGGCAACAUAAGCACUCGUGACAUUGUGAAUGGUCACAGAGAAAAAAUCCUAUCGUUAUUCUGGCAGAUUAUCUACAAGUAUUUAACUCCAAAAUAUAAUAACGCUGCUACGAAAAUCCAAAAUUGGUGGAGAAAUAGCAGUCUGAAACUGGUCAUAUCCAAGAGAAUCCGAGCCAAAACGAUUGCCAAACGUCACUUGGCCGCCUCUAGUAUACAAGCUCGCGUUCGAGGCCAUUUGAUUAGGAAAAAAUGGCCUCAAUUGCGAGCUGAACUGGUUGAAAACCGAGAGAUGUUGCAUGCGGCUUCCACUACAGUCAAACGUUAUUUAAAAGACAAGCUGAAACUAUUGACAGAAGAUCGAAAACGGUUUAUAAUUUUAAGGAGAACGGUAGUGUUUGUUCAGAAAAAGUAUAGAAACAAGAUGACUAUGGUUAAGGAACAACGGAAUUAUUUAAAAUUGAAACGGUCAGCGAUAAUCAUCCAAAAAGUGUUUCGAGGUUUUAUACUGAGGAAACACUGGCCUAGAAUCAAGAACAAUUUAAUUGCGGAUAAGACGAAACGAAUUGCUGCCGCCAAUACUAUCAAGCGGUUGUUGAGAAAGAACUUGCCACCGACACAAGACCGUUUAACUUUUUUGAAGUUAAAACGGACCGUGUUGUAUACCGAAAGUCUGUACGUUGCAAAUAAAAUGACGAAACUGCAUACAGAACGUUACGCCGCUCUAAAAAGUGCAACCGUAUUCGUCCAGAGACUAUUCAGGGCCAACGUGUCGAUGAAAAGAGAACGCGAAAAUUAUUUAAAAGCCAAACGGUCGGCUUUAAUGGUCCAAAAAAUGUUUCGUGGUUUCGUGAUGAGGAAAUAUUGGCCGGACGCUCGAAACCGUUUAGUGUCUGAAAACGGGAGACGGGUCGACGCCAUAAACACGAUCAAGCGGGUGUUGCGGAAAAGCCUGCCGCCAACCCAAGACCGCUUGACGUUUUUGAAGUUAAAACAUACAGUGUUGUACACUGAAAGUCUGUACGUCGCAAACAAAAUGAUGAAACUACAUGCGGAACGUUACACCGCUUUAAAAAACGCAACCGUGUUUGUGCAGAGACGGUUCAGGGCCAACGUGCUGGCGACAAGAGACCGAGAACGCUAUUUGAACUACCAGCGGUCGGCCGUGCUGAUACAAAAGACGUUCCGGUGUUUCGUGGCCAGAAAACGUUGGCCGGCGACGCGAGAACGGUUGCUGUCGGAUAUGGAGAGGCGCGUCGCGGCCGCCAACACGGUGAAACGGGCGCUGAGACGAAACCUUCCGACGACCCAAGACCGAGCCAACUUUGUCAGGGUGAAAGCCGCAGCCCUGUUCGUACAACGCGCAUGGCGAGCCAAGCAUCUGAUGAUGGUGCAGCGGGAAUGGUACACGACGUCGCAAUACGCCACCGUGUACGUCCAGCGGACGUUUCGAGCAAAGGUCGCUAUGAGGUCGGGCCGCCGUGAGUACCUGAAGGCCAAACAGUCGGCGGUGUUCAUCCAAAAGGUGUACCGCGGUUACGUGGCCAGGCGUAUGUGGCCUGAUGUCCGGGACCGGUUGGUCGCCGAACGAACGGAGCGGGUGCUUGCGGCCGACGUGAUUAAACGAGCCCUGCGACGCCGGUUGCCGGCCACCCAAGACCGGCUGAGUUACGAACGGCUUAGGCAUUCGGUGGUGGCCGUUCAGAGGCGUUACCGGGCCAACGUGGCCAUGCGGACACAGCGAGAAGCAUACCUGAUGCUCAGGCGCAGCGUAUUGACGAUUCAGCGGCGGUUCAGGGCUAACCUCCUCGCUAGACGCGACCGCCACUUGUACAUGAGACUAAAGUUCACGGCCGCCGGACUGCAGGCAGCCGCCAGGGGCCACUUAUUUCGACAGCUGCAGUGGCCAUCGCUUAUGGUUGAGCUGACCAGCCGUCGGCUACUGUUAACCAGGUGCGCCAACACCGUCAAGCGAACACUAAUGAGGCGGCUGGCCGUAGAUGAUCGACGACAGUUUCUGGAGCUGCGACUUGCUACGGUCAAGGUCCAGUGUUGGUUCCGGGCUCGUAGGCAGGCCCGCGAGUACGCCAAACUGCGCGUCGCUGUUGUGACGGUGCAGCAGCGGUUUCGGGCCAACCAGGCCGCGAGACGACAGCGAGAAGAGUUCUUGCGUGUACGCACCGCAAUGGUUCUGCUUCAAGCCUGCGCCAGGGGACAUUUGGCACGCGUCAGGUGGCCUGUUGUGAAACGUGACCUACAAGCGCACAGUGACCAGUUAGCCGCGGCCAGCAACAGAAUCAAGAGGUUUUUGCGCCGAUGCCUGCCGACCACCUGCGAACGUUUCGAGUACUUGCGCCUGAGACAAGCUGUGGUCGCAGUGCAAACUCGUUACAGAGCCAUGGUUGCAGCAAGACGUGGUCGGAUGGAUUACCUCCGGUUGAGACUGUGCACUAUUGUAUUGCAGAGACGGUAUAGGGACCGCAGAGCCAUCAGGGCAGCUAUCUUAUUGCAGGCACAUGUCCGUGGAUGCUUAGCACGCUGCCAGUGGCCGCAGCUCAAGCACAGUCUAGCAGCCAAACGGAAACUUGAGGCAGACUUAAAGCUGGAGAAGAACAAGGCUGCGUCCAAGAUACAAGCAGUUGUUAGAGGAUUUUUAACUCGCGAGAAAUUUCCUAGGAUCAGAGAUGAGCUAAUAACACAGAAACGUGCGUGUGCUGUCACUAAAAUACAGGCUCUUUGGAGAGGUUACUGCGUUCGAAAAAAGUACCAGUGUCGACGUGAUACUGUCAGAAUGCCCAGAAGAAGUGCCCAGACGUUGGGCAGAAGACACAACGAUGUUGUGAAGAUAUUAAACAAGCAAAAGAGAAACGAAUACUCAUACAAAGAACUUGCCACAGUCUUUUGGAAUUUGGACACAUGUACGUCGUUAUCCAAAGAGCUAUGUAUGAAGACAGCUGAUGGUGUGAUUGUAGAUUACAUUUUCCGUUUCCUGCAGUAUUCUAACCAAUCACAACCGAGCAUUGAGGCUCGUGAACCUGCCAUCCGGGUACUCAUCAAUUUGCUUAGGUACCAUGAAACAUCAUGGAUCAUUUGGACAAGAACUGUAAAUGCUGACAUGAUCAAAGAGCUUAUCAAAAUGAUGAAGAUGAGCUGUGGCAAAUUUGGUUCAGCAAAUAAACUAUUUUGUUUAAUUGCCACCUUGAUAUGGAUAGUUUUGCAAGACCCUGAAAAGAAACAGUAUUUUAAAAGCAAUCCAAUUGCUGCAGACUUCAAAUACAUGAUGGAUUCACUGAACAGAAGGUACAAAACUCACAAAAUAGAUAAGAAAUUAAUGGUGCUGCCAUCAACACGGCCUACGUGGUACAUUGGCUCCAAAUGUCAAAAGUGUUUUGAAUCUGAUCUCUUCGCCACAAUUCAGGUCUGCAAAAUGUUGAAUAUCAUAAAAUAAUUGUAACUAUUUUUUUACGUUUUAAUUAUAAAUUAUUAUUAUGUUUAAGAUCUUUUAUUACUAUUAACUGUUGAAACUUUUUAAUUGUUUUUUCUUUUAUUAUUUAAUAAUUUUAUCAAUUGUGUAUUUUAUUUUUUUACAAUCUUUUGGUGUUUUACCAUUAAAAAUCACUUUUAUAUGCCAUCUCA